UUUUGUGUUUGUAUAAUGGGAAAUCAUAUAUGUAGUUCACCAUCAUCCGGUUGUGGUUGCUUCCAUGAUAAUGAUAAUAAUAAUAAUGAAAUGAAAAAAAAUCCACCAAUCAUUUAUCGUCAUCAACGUCGUCAUCGUUUUCCAAUUGCCAAUGAUUCAUAUGCAAAUUGUUCAUAUAUUGAAUGUGCUUGUUGUGGUAAAAAUUUACGCCGUUGUCAAUGUGAUUGUGAAUUAGCUGGCCGUUGUCUUUGUGCUGGUCCAUUAAAUUAUCAUCGUCAUGAUUUUUUAAGCAUUUCUGGUGGUGCUGGUGGUUUACAGGAUUGCAAUAAAUCAAAAUCACCAUUAACAUUUGGUUAUUGGAAAUUAUCAUCAUUGAAUAAUAAAUUAAUUCAACGUGCAACUGGAUUAGUUAAUGGUACAUCGGUUUCAUCAUCAACAUUAAAACAAUCCUCAUCAUUAUUAUCAUCACCAAUUGUUAGUUUUGUUAAUCGUAUACAACCAUCAUCAACAUUAUCAUCAUCAUUAUCAACAUCAUCAUCAUUAUUAUCAACGGGAAAAUUUCUAUCAAAUUUUGAACAACGUCGUUUUCGUUCAACAUUAGAUAUUGAGAUAGAUAUGCAAAAAUUAUAUGGUGUUGAUUUGUUACGGGAACCGAAUGUCAAUAAAGAUUUGGCAUUCACAACCCGUGAACGUGAAGUUUAUAAACUAAAAGGUUUAUUACCGGCUGCAAUACGUUCACAAGAGUUACAAGUACAAAUAAUUAUGGAUAAUUUACGUUCAAUCAACAGUGAUCUAGGAAAAUAUAUGUUUUUACGUGAUCUACAAGAUCAUAAUAAACGUCUUUUUUAUCGUGUAUUACAAGUACAUACACGUGAAUUAAUGCCAAUUGUUUAUACACCGAUUGUUGGUUUAGCAUGUCAAAAAUAUAGUUUAAUAUUUAAACGACCACGUGGUAUGUUUAUUACUAUUAAUGAUGCUGGCCGUAUAUUUGAAAUUCUUGGUAAUUGUGGUGAACCAGAAAUUAAGGCUAUAGUUGUAACUGAUGGUGAACGAAUACUUGGUCUUGGUGACUUGGGUGCAAAUGGUAUGGGUAUUCCGGUUGGUAAAAUGGCACUUUAUUCAGCAAUUGCUGGUAUACCACCUGAAUUAACAUUACCAGUUACAUUAGAUGUUGGUACAAAUAAUCAAUCAUUAUUAGAUGAUCCAUAUUAUAUUGGUUUAAAACAACGUCGUGCAACUGGUCCACAUUAUGAUCAAUUGGUUGAUGAAUUUAUGGAAGCAGUUGUUAAACGUUGGGGUCGUUCUUGUUUAAUACAAUUUGAAGAUUUUGGCAAUAAAAAUGCUUUCCGUUUAUUAUCAAAAUAUAAAAAAGAUUAUUGUACAUUUAAUGAUGAUAUACAAGGUACUGCUUCGGUUGCUGUUGCUGGUAUGCUUGCAUCAUUCCGUAAAACAAAUACCAAAAUUAAUCAACAUAGAUUUCUAUUUUUGGGUGCCGGUGAAGCUGCAUUAGGUAUUGCUCAUUUAUUGACAAUGGCUAUGGUUGAAAAUGGUAUGGAUGAAGAAACUGCCAAUAGUCAAAUAUGGCUUAUCGAUUCACAAGGUUUGGUUACACAAUCUCGACCUGGUAUUCGUGAUGAUGAACAUAAAUGGCCAUUUGCUAAAAAUGUUAAAAAUACAAAAGAUUUGAUGGAAAUUGUUAAUCUGGUUCAACCAUCUUGUUUGAUUGGUGCCGCUGCUGUACCAGGUGCAUUCAAUGAAUCAAUAUUAAAACGAAUGGCCGAACUAAAUAAAAAUCCAAUAAUAUUUGCACUAUCUAAUCCAACAUCAAAAGCUGAAUGUACUGCCGAACAAGCUUAUCAACAUACUGAUGGACGUUGUGUAUUUGCAAGUGGUUCACCAUUCGAUAAUGUUGUUUAUAAAGGACAAACAUUUGUACCUGGACAAGGAAAUAAUGCCUAUAUAUUUCCAGGUGUAGCAUUAGCUAUAAUGGCUUGUCAAGUACAUGAAAUUGUUGAUGAAGUAUUUUUGGUUGCAGCCAAUGCAUUAGCUGAACAAGUAUCAAAAGAAGAUUUAAAUAUUGGCAGUGUUUAUCCAUCAUUGGAUAAUAUUAAUGAAGUAUCAUUAUUAUUAGCCGCUCGUGUUGCUGAAUGGUUUUUCAAUAAAGGUUAUGCAAAUGUCAGACCAGAACCGGAUGAUAAAUAUUUAUUUCUUAAAUCACGUCUUUAUGAUGCAUUAUAUGAUGGAUCCAAUUUUACAAAACAUGUUGAAGAAAGUCAUCAUGCAUGGCAUCAACAUGAUUGAAUUGAAUCGAAAUUACCUUAACGAAAAAAAAAUUACUAAAAAAACUAUUAUUAUUAUUAUCAAUUAUCAAUUAUGUUUGACUAAAUUACAAU